AUGGGAAAAAAUGCGAUUGCCGUUCUUCGUGGAGAGGAAGUUAAUGGAGUAGUCCAUUUCAAACAAGAUAAUGAAAAUUCUCCAACGGUGAUCACUGGCGAGAUUAAGGGACUGAAACCUGGUCUGCAUGGUUUUCAUAUUCAUCAGUAUGGUGACAGCACAAAUGGUUGCAUUUCUGCUGGCCCACAUUUUAAUCCUUAUGACAAAGCACACGGCGGUCCAACGGAUGAAGUAAGGCAUGUUGGGGAUCUUGGAAAUGUGGAAGCUGGAAGCGAUGGAACAGCAUUUAUCAGUAUUGUUGAUAAGAUUAUUCAGCUUCAUGGCCCUCAUUCUAUAAUUGGACGCUCAGUAGUUGUGCAUGCCGAUCAAGAUGAUCUUGGAAAAGGAAUGGGUGAUAAAAAAGAAGAAAGUCUGAAAACUGGGAAUGCUGGAGCUCGUGUUGCAUGUGGCAUUAUUGGAUUUGCCGCUUGA